AUGGUAGCCGCUACAGCUACAGAAAUGUUUCUUGUGUGCUUUGAAUCCUUGUGCCCCUGUUUUCGCUCAAAAAGGAAGGAUGGAAGUGAAGAUCCUGUUCUUGCAAAAGACGGAAAUUCCUUGAGUUCUUCUGAAAUGAGGUCAAUUUCUGACAGAAUUCCCUCGAGCCCUCUUCGGGUACCUGCAAGUCCAUCUAGAUUUUCAUUAUCUUCACCGCCAAGUAGAAAUGAUCCAUUGAACCUCAGUCUUGAAACUGUUAUUAAACUGACACGUAACUUUUCACCGGCCUUGAUGAUUGGCGAAAGUUAUUUUGGAAAGGCCUACAGAAUGGACUUGCAAAAUGGCCUUGUUGUGGCUAUUAAAAGGGCAAGAAAGGAACAUUUUGCUUCUUUACAUGCAGAAUUCAAAAAUGAAAUUGCACUACUAAAAAAAAUCGAACACAGGAAUCUGGUCCAGUUACUUGGAUAUAUUGACAAAGGGAAUGAAAGAAUUGUCAUAACCGAGUUUGUGUCAAAUGGCACUCUUAGGGAACAUUUGGAUGGACAACAUGGGCUAAUAUUGGGCUUCAGUCAGCGGCUUGAAAUAGCCAUAGAUGUUGCCCAUGGAUUGACUUAUCUGCAUCUAUAUGCAGAGAAGCCCAUUAUACACCGGGAUGUGAAGUCAUCAAACAUUCUACUAACUGAAGGCUUCAGGGCAAAAGUAGCCGACUUCGGAUUUGCAAGAAUUGGUUCAACAGAUCCAGGCCAGUCAGAGAUUCAAACUGAUGUGAAAGGAACAGCUGGCUAUGUGGAUCCAGAGUAUCUGCGGACAAACUAUCUGACAGUCAAGAGUGAUGUGUUCUCUUACGGCAUCUUGCUCCUGGAAAUCCUAUCAGGUCGUCGUCCUAUUGAGGUGAACAGAGGAGGAAGAGAAAAGAUUACCGUGCGAUGGGCCUUCGAGAGAUAUAACAAAGGCAAUGUCCAGGAGAUACUGGAUCCGAUGUUGACCGAAUCAGUAAACAAGGACAUACUGAAUAAGAUUUUCGAUGUAAUGUUCCAAUGCGUCGCUCCUACUCGUGCGGACAGGCCACAUAUGAAAGAGGUUGUGGAGAAGCUCUGGAAGAUACGGAGGGACUAUGCUAAAACCCAAAACAGAGCAGAAGGAUCUCUUUAA